GUAAACACAAUCCUGACUCCUUGUACGUAUUUUCUUAUCCUUGAAACUAUCCAUUGGGCCAAAAAGUUUUCGUUUUUAUUCUGUUUUUAACUGAGUGCUAUCGAAUAAACCAGCAUGGAUGCUUGUUUUCUCUCUUCAAAUUCCUUUACUAAAACCGUUGAAGUUCUUCCUUCGGUCAAAGGAAGAAUUCCAGGGAAAAAUCUGAAUCAGUAUCUGUGCAGGAAAUCUGGGAAUCCAUUUUCUAUAGCAUGUUGCCAAUCGGGUACACCGUCCUCGUCUCCUCAAGACGAGUUGAUGCCUUACAUUAACACUGAUUGGCGAGCAUUUAGAGCAAGACUAGUAGCAAGAGAUCGAGCCUUAAAUCAAGUAGAGCCUUCUUUAAUGGUUGAUCAAGAUACCAUUGUUUCUCACCCUCAACAAUACACAAUUGGAGACGAAUGGGCUCACACCAUCCAUGAACCCGAAAGAGGUUGCCUAUUGAUUGCCACAGAAAAGCUAAAUGGGGUCCACAUUUUCCAAAAGACAGUGAUCCUUCUCUUAUCAACAGGCCCAAUUGGCCCAACUGGUGUUAUACUCAAUAGAGCUUCGCUCAUGUCUAUUAAAGAAAUGGGCUCAUCAGCACUCGAUGUAUCGGGCACUUUUUCCAAUAGGCCCUUAUUCUUUGGGGGGCCAUUGGAAGAAGGGGUUUUUCUUGUAACCCCAAGAGAGGGGAAUGAUUCGGUCGGGAAAAGUGGGGUUUUCGACGAGGUAAUGAAAGGGUUGUACUUUGGGACAAAAGAGAGUCUGGGUUGUGCAGCUGAAAUGGUGAAAAGGAGAAUGGUACAAGUAGAGGACUUCAAAUUUUUUGAUGGAUAUUGUGCUUGGGAAAGAGAACAGCUUAGGGCUGAGAUUAGGGCCCGUUAUUGGACUCUGGCUGCUUGUAGUCUUAGUGUUAUUGGGCUUGCUACUGAGGAUAACAUAAUGUUAUGGGAUAAAAUUCUUGGGCUCAUGGGCCCUAGAAAGGUUUGGUAAACAAGCCCAAUAAUGAUGAUUAUGGGCCUCCCAUUUAAAUGGGCCGGGAAGGGAGAUCCUAAUCCUUUUGGUUAAUGCAUUUUCACUUGUUUUGCUCGGAAAAAGAAACU